AUGCAGGCUCUCAGGACCGGAGCCGCUACCCGCGCCUCCCCGCGCAGCCGUCGCGCGUCUGCGCCCGUGCGUGCCAUAUUCGGCGGCCUCUUCAAGCAAGCCAUGGGCGCGGAGCAAUCGAAGCAGGGCGUGUGGCGGCCGAGCCCCGCCGCCGGGGCCCCGGAAAAGGUGGUGUCGAAGAGCGGUUUUGACGUGACGCCGCUGACGAAUGAGCAGCGCCAGCAGGAGGCCGAGAAGCUGUCAGACUUCCAGAGGUACGUCACCCUCAACCAGGGCACGGAGCGGGCCUUCACAGGUCGCACCGCCGACGGGCUGCCGUGGGACCAUAAGGGCAAGGGCACGUAUGUGUCGGCGAUCGGCGGCCUGCCGCUGUUCAGCGCAGACCACAAGUUCAACAGCGGGACAGGCUGGCCCAGCUUCUACAAGCCCGUUGACUACGAGCACAUCGUUGAGGUGGUGGACAAGAGCAUCCCCUUCAUGCCGCGCGUCGAGGUCGUGUGCGCCAAGAGCGGCGCCCACCUGGGCCACGUCUUCGACGACGGGCCCGCGCCCACGGGCAAGCGCUACUGCAUCAACGCGGCCGCGCUCAAGUUUGUGCCGGAGGGGGAGCCGCUGCCCAACAAGGUCGAUGGCCAGUAG